AUGAGUCCUUUCUCUGCUGUUGGAACAAUAGGCAAUGACUGUGAUGGGGCUUUACGAGUCUGCAUACUGGUUAUCAUGGCUAACCUGGGAAACAAUUGUUACAGUCCUAUCAUCUAUUCUCAUAGUUCUCUCUGGAAUGAUCUUGUGGUACAAGCAAUAUUUCUUUAUACCGAUAACAUCUCUGUUACUUUCCAAAAUUUAUGGUCUUUGUUUCCGCCUAAUCCUUUUGCUCAAGGCCUGAGUAUACUUUCAGAUGCAAUUUCAACCCCUGAAGAUAAUGGUCUUAGCUGGAGUAAAUGGGGAGAUUGUGUCGAUUAUAUGAAGCUGACUGUGAUCACAAUUCUCCACUGCCAGGGAAACGUUGCUCAAAAGGAGAGAUUGCCCAACUUCGUCGGGGAUAACUCGUUGGUUGAUGUCGAGGAUGCAGGAAACAUGCAUGCGGCAUGGUCGACCAGGUCAGUGGGUGGUUCCUUGAUUGACUUUAAUCCUGAUUUUGUUGGUUUGGUGCCUGUCAGGAAUAUACGUCCAUAA